GCCACACUAAUAUAUAUAAUUUUACUCCAUAUUAUUGACUGUUUCCCUGAUAAGCACUUCUUAAAACUUUUGUAUCCUCUCUGGUUUAAUUAUGUAUUUUUUUAUCCCCACAUUUUUUUAAUUAUUAAUUUUAUAAUUUACUUUUUACUUUCAGUAUUACUUAUUAUCUUUUUACGCUUAAUUUUAUUUCAAGAAUAAUGACGGAGACUAUGUUGGAUUGCUCUGACAAGGUGACUGAGUCCAAGGGAGAACUUGUGCAGCUUGCUAAACUCGCCGAACAGGCUGAGCGUUAUGCUGACAUGGCAGAGUCAAUGAAGAAGGUUACCGAAUUUGGAGACGAACUGUCUAAUGAGGAGCGCAAUCUUCUCUCGGUUGCUUAUAAGAAUGUUGUUGGGGCUCGUCGUUCUUCGUCGCGUGUUCUUUCAUCUAUUGAGCUAAAGACCGAAGGGGUGAAGAAGACGAUGACUAAGGAAUACCGUGAUAAGAUUGAUGUGAAUUGCGUGACAUUUGCAAAAAUGUAA